GCCUCUGAGGGAGCUUUGUGCUGCGCGAGAAGAAAGGCGGCGGCGAAGGCGGCGGGCAGGGCCGAGGCCGGGGCCUGAGAGCGAGCGAGCGAGCGAGAGCGGAGCGCCAGCGCCCCCUCUCUUCCCCGGACUCCUCGCCCGCAGCCCCCGAGGAGGCUCCUGCGCCGCCCGCGACGGAGGAGAAGGAGGCAGAGGCAGAGGAGGCGGCGGCGGCGGGAGCGCCGCGUCAAUUGAGGCCGGGGAUCGAGCGCGGCCUACGGCGGGGCCUGGCCCGCCCCCUUUGCCGAGCCCGGCCCGGCGAGGCCCUUUCCGCCGCGCUUCCUCCGUUACGCGUCCCGGUGGCGAUCGGUCCGAUACGGCGGGGAAGUUAGAAUGGAACAGACUGACGGCCCUAUGAGAAAAAGGGAAAGCUAAGGAUGCUGGAGCAGAACAAUGGAUUUCUCCUUCUCUUUCAUGCAAGGGAUCAUGGGAAACACAAUUCAGCAACCACCUCAACUCAUUGACUCGGCUAACAACCGCCAAGAGGAUGCUUUUGAUGCCAGCAGUGACAUCACUGAAGAUGGUAGUCAGACGCCAUAUGAAGCUGCUCUUGCCUUGCAGCAAGGUUUUCAGUACCCUACGCCAACAACGGAGGAUCUUCCACCCCUCAUUAAUGGAUUUCCACCAAUUGGCAUGUAUGAACCCCAAGCCAAAUAUCAGCCAUAUAGUCAGUAUCCUAAUGGUUCAGCCAAUGGCUUUGGCACUGUUAGAAACUUUAGUCCACCAGAGUAUUACCACAUGGAGAACUCUAGCAUAAGGCCACAUGAAAAUCUGGAAAAACCAUCUCCUCCACAGCAGCCACCACCUUCAGUAUCCCAAACGGUGAUUCCAAAGAAGACUGGUUCACCAGAAAUCAAAUUAAAAAUAACCAAAACUAUCCAGAACGGCAGGGAAUUGUUUGAGUCCUCUCUGUGUGGGGAUCUUUUAAAUGAAGUACAAGGAAGUGAGUAUGCGAAGUCAAAACAUGAAGGGAGAAAAGAGAAAAGGAAAAAAAGUAGCAAGCAUGACUCUUCCCACUCAGAAGAGCGCAAAUCACAUAAAAUUCCAAAACUGGAGCCAGAGGAACAAAAUAGACCAAAUGAAAGGCUGAGCACACUGUCUGAAAGACCAAGGGAAGAAACUAAGCUGACGGAUGAAACCCUGGUCCAGCAAAUCUCUCCUCCUCUUCCAACACAAGUAGCAAGCGAUAUCAAGUUUGAGGUUGGAGAUCUGGUCUGGUCCAAAGUGGGAACAUAUCCUUGGUGGCCUUGCAUGGUUUCAAGUGAUCCACAACUUGAGGUUCAUACCAAAAUUAACACAAGAGGUGCACGGGAAUAUCAUGUCCAGUUCUUUAGCAACCAGCCUGAGAGAGCAUGGGUGCAUGAGAAGCGGGUGCGAGAGUACAAAGGACAUAAACAGUACGAUCAGUUGGUGGCAGAGGCUGCUAAGCAAGCCAACCACUCUGAAAAACAGAAGAUUCGGAAACCAAGGCCACAGAGAGAACGUGCACAAUGGGAUAUUGGCAUUGCUCAUGCUGAGGAAGCACUGAAAAUGACUCGAGAAGAGAGGACGGAGCAAUAUACCUUCAUCUAUAUAGAUAAAGAGCCAGAAGAGGCUUUGUCAAAAGCCAAGAGGACUGGUGCGCCGAAGACAGAGGUGAAGAAAACCCGUAGGUCUAAACCAUCGCCUAAUGCACAGCCAGAACACACCAGUGAGGUGUUGGCCGUGUCCUCUCCAUCCAAUACUGAAGUCCAGAGGAAUAGUCAGAGAAGGCAGUCAAGUGUGGAUGAAGAGCCCCCUCCUGUUAAAAUAGCAUGGAAAACGGCUGCAGCCAGAAAAUCCUUGCCAGCAUCCAUCACCAUGCACCAGGGAACUUUGGACCUUCAGAAAUGUAAUAUGUCUCCAGUUGUUAAAAUUGAACAAGUGUUUGCUCUACAGAAUGCUGCUGGGAAUGGAAAGUUCAUUGAUCAGUUUGUUUACUCUACCAAGGGUAUAGGAAACAAACCUGAAAUAAUCAUCAAGGGGCAAGACAAACUCACUUCUGUCUCAAACCAGCGAAAUGAAAGAGCAUCCUCACAAAGUGCACCUUCUCCCGAAACAUCUUCUGGGUUGGCAAGUUCUGUAGAAAAGAAGCAACAGAGAAGAUCAAUACGAACUCGCUCAGAGUCUGAGAAAUCCACUGAAGUUGUGCCAAAGAAGAAGAUCAAAAAGGAGCAGGUGGAAACAGUCCCACAGACAACACUGAAGACUGGAUUACAGAAAGUUAAUGCAGUGAACAUAAGAUCCCACCUGGAUAAGACCAGAAGCCCAUCUAAAAUUCCCACAGCAACUGAUAUUCAGAGACAUCCUACCUCUGAUGUUGGAGGUGCCAGUGAGAUUUCAGAUUCUUGUAAGCCUCUAAAGAAAAGGAGUCGUGCCUCAACAGAUGUAGAACUGACUAGCUCAGCAUACAGAGAUACAUCUGACUCUGAUUCGAGAGGUCUUAAUGAUCCACAGGGUAGCUUUGGAAAACAGUCAGACAGCCCUUCAGCUGCAGCAGAUGCUGAUGCUUCUGAUGUACAAUCCGUGGACUCAAGUUUAUCAAGAAGAGGUUCUGGGACAAGUAAGAGAGACACAAUAUGUCAGAUUUGUGAAAGUUCUGGUGAAUCUCUGGUGUCCUGUGAAGGAGAAUGCUGCAGGGUCUUCCAUACAGAAUGCCUAGGAUUGAGCUCACAGCCUGAUGGGAAGUUCAUCUGCCUGGAGUGCAAAAAUGGACAGCAUACAUGCUUUUCCUGCAAGCUGCCUGGCAAAGACGUGAAACGCUGCUCUGUCAAUGCCUGUGGCAAAUUUUAUCACGAGGUCUGCAUCCGCAAGUUUGCUACGGCUGUUUUUGAGUCCCGAGGAUUCCGUUGCCCCCAACACUGCUGUACUGCCUGCUCCAUGGAGAAGGAUAUUCAUAAAGCGAGCAAAGGUCGCAUGGUGAGAUGUUUGAGAUGCCCCAUUGCCUAUCACUCGGGAGAUGGCUGUAUUGCUGCAGGAAGUUUGUUUGUGUCAUCCCACAUUCUCAUCUGUAGUAACCAUUCCAAAAGGAGCAAUCACUCUUCAUCAGCUGUAAAUGUAGGCUUUUGUUUCGUUUGUGCAAGAGGGCUGAUAGUGCAGGAUCAUUCAGACCCCCUGUUCAGUUCAUAUGCCAAUAAGUCCCACUACCUACUGAAUGAAUCAAAUCGUGCUGAGUUGAUGAAAUUACCUAUGAUUCCUCCUUCUUCGUCAGCUUCCAAAAAGAAAUGUGAGAAAGGUGGGAAACUGUUGUGCUGUGAAUCAUGUCCAGCGUCCUUCCACCCGGAAUGUCUCAACAUCGAGAUGCCAGAGGGCUCCUGGAACUGCAAUGACUGCAAAGUGGGCAAGAAGCUACGGUACAAGCAGAUUGUUUGGGUCAAGCUGGGAAACUACAGGUGGUGGCCAGCUGAGAUCUGCAAUCCCAGGUCUGUUCCUCUCAACAUUCAGGGCCUCAAACAUGAUAUCGGGGACUUUCCAGUAUUUUUCUUUGGUUCACAUGACUACUAUUGGGUACAUCAGGGCAGAGUAUUCCCUUAUGUUGAAGGAGACAAAAGCUUUGCUGAGGGGCAAACUAAUAUUAACAAGACCUUCAAGAAAGCGCUUGAAGAAGCAGCAAAACGCUUCCAGGAACUGAAAGCACAAAGAGAAAGCAAAGAAGCACUUGAAAUUGAAAGGAACUCAAGAAAACCACCUCCAUACAAACAUAUUAAGUCCAACAAAUUAGUAGGGAAAGUUCAGAUCCAAGUUGCAGACUUGUCAGAAAUCCCUCGAUGUAACUGUAAGCCAACUGACGAAAACCCUUGUGGCUUGGAGUCAGAGUGUCUGAAUCGAAUGCUGCAGUAUGAAUGCCACCCCCAGGUUUGCCCUGCAGGAGAGCGCUGCCAGAACCAGUGCUUCACCAAAAGACUCUACCCAGAAGCAGAAAUUAUAAAAACGGACCGGCGCGGCUGGGGUCUGAGGACAAAACGCAGCAUUAAGAAGGGUGAAUUUGUCAACGAGUAUGUUGGUGAGCUAAUUGAUGAGGAAGAAUGCAGAUUGCGAAUCAAACGAGCACAUGAGAACAGUGUGACCAAUUUUUAUAUGUUAACUGUUACAAAGGACCGUAUAAUAGAUGCUGGCCCCAAGGGAAAUUACUCUCGCUUUAUGAACCACAGCUGCAACCCCAACUGUGAAACUCAGAAAUGGACAGUGAGUGGAGAUGUCCGAGUUGGGCUCUUCGCUCUCUGUGAUAUUCCUGCAGGGAUGGAAUUAACAUUUAACUAUAAUUUGGAUUGCCUGGGGAAUGGCAGGACAGAAUGCCACUGUGGAGCAGAUAACUGCAGUGGAUUCCUAGGAGUGCGGCCAAAGACGGCGUGUGCAACAGCAAAUGAAGAGAAAGCAAAGAAUGCAAAAUUAAAGCAGAAGAAGCGGAAGAUAAAAACAGAGCAGAAGCAGAUGCAUGAGGACAACUGUUUCCAGUGUGGAGAUGGGGGUGAAUUGGUCAUGUGUGACAAAAAAGACUGUCCCAAAGCAUACCACCUCCUCUGCCUUAACUUGACACAGCCACCCUUUGGAAAAUGGGAAUGUCCGUGGCACCAGUGUGACAUCUGCAGCAGCCCUGCCUCUUCGUUCUGUGAGUUCUGCCCCCAUUCUUAUUGCAAGGAUCAUGAAAAAGGGGCCCUUGUGGCCUCUGGUUUGGAUGGGCGUCCGUGCUGCUCUGAACACAACCCCAAGGCUCCUGUGGCACCAGAGUAUUGGAGCAAGAUCAAACGCCGAUUGGAACAGCAGAAUCCUGAGGAAGAUUUGAAGGAAUAAACUUUCCUUUCCUUAAAACAACAACCCACCUUGCCCCCCGCCCCACUGAGUGGCACAUUAUUGUGAAUUUGGAUAAAGUGCCAUGGCAUCCUC